UGUAAAUAUAAAUCACAUGUCUUCUGAUCUUACCCUAAGAACAGAGUGAACUGUGAAAAACUUUUUUUUUUUUUUUAGUUUCAACAGAAGAAAGAAAGUCAUAUUAGUUUGAAAUGACAUCCAGUGGUUUUAGGGGGAAGAAACUGGGAUAUGUAGAUAAAUUAGCACACUGAAACCCAUUCACACUGUUAACACAGAAGCAGCAGCACACUAAAAGUCAAACCCCCCCAAAAAACUGAUCUGCUCUAAUUUAAACGUCAAUGGACUGUGACAUCAUCCAUGGCUGCCGAGGAGUUGCAUAAUCGUAUUGCUAUGGUAACAACGCACGUCUACAGUCACAUGUGGGGUGGUUUACCCAUACUCGCCAGACGCUUGCACACGAAUCAUCAUCUGCAUGCUCCUCAAUAUCAGAAAUGUGGACGACUCAAUCUUCUCUAUUUCUCAGUUUGAAAACGAACCCCCACUUUCAAAGCUGGAGGAGCAUUUUUCUAUGGAACAUAAAAGCGCAUACCAAACACACUCUAUGUUCUUGACUAACAUGUUGAACUAGUCCUGGGCCACAGAGAAACCCUUGUCAAAUUAAGUGAAUGUAUCUUUCAACAAGACCAGCCCUCGAUACCUAUGUUUACCUUCAAACUGAAAAAAGUGCACGGAUGAAAACAGCAUAUUUCUUGGAGACUCACAGGUGUGUUGGUGCUGAUCGGUGCAUUAUCAGGUUUAAAAACCCUAAACUUCAACUGUGAAAAUAACGAAUCUUCGUGAUAAGAUGGACUGUAAGAAUUCAGAUGAAGAGAUAGAUGAAGAUGAGGACGAUUCUGCACUGGAUUCAUCAAACAGCCAUGCAAUGCAUGACAUAUUGUAUGAAAACGUUCCUAACGAAGAGGAAACCAAUUUAACCGCAUCAACAAAGGAACACGGGGAAUUGCGCAUCAUGUUACUGGGUGCGAGAGGGUCUGGGAAAAGCUCCACCGGAAACACCAUCCUCAGGUGCAACACUUUUAAAUCGGAAAUGCAGCUGAGCAGAGUCACUCAGUUCUGUGAAAGAGCGACUGGAAACAUCACCGGCCGACCCGUGGCCGUAAUCGACACGCCGGGACUGAACAGGAUCAGCCGUACGGAGAGGGACGUGACCCGAGACAUCCUAAAGUCCAUCUCUCUGUACACUCCAGGACCACACGUGUUUCUUCUGGUUAUGCCUGUUGGGAACUUAACAAAUGAUGACAAAAGCAUGCAUAAACUCAUCGAGAGCAUGUUUGGGAAGAGUGUCUGGAAGUACACCAUCAUCGUGUUCACUCACGGAGAUCGACUGGAGGGGAAGACGGCCAAUGACGUCAUCGCGUGCUCAGACAAGGAGCUCCGCGGUUUCAUCCAUAAGUGCAGCGGUGGGUUCCUGUUCUUCAACAACAAGGACACGACGAACUAUGAGCCCGUGACAGAACUCUUGAAGAAAGUCGAGAGCCUCAUGGCCAUCAAUGGAAAGGGCUGCUACGAUUUGACUUUUUACCCGGCCUCAGAGAGGAAGAUCCGGAAGAGAAUGGAGAAGAUUUUAGAGAAAAGAAAGGAAAGCAUUGCACAGAAGGAGCGAGAGCUGGUGAUGCACUGCACAACUGAGCAAGAGGUGGAGAGAAAAAAGCAGGAACUCUGGAGAAUGGAAGAAGAUGAUGCAAGAAAAAAGGCUGAGAAUCCAGCCAGCCCAAAAAUAGCUAUCAGUCUAGCCAAAAGACACACAUCAGGCCAAAAGACUUGCAGCUAGAAACAAUUAUUUCAUAAAACGGGAUAUAUGGUAUAUAUGGUAUAUAUAUAUAUAUAUAAAUGGACUAGCUACUAAUGCCUUCUACUGAUGUUUUUUUGUAUUUCUUCAUUAAAAAUAAUUGUUUUUAUAUAGGCUAAUGUAUGAAAAUAUGUGCCAGAACAUCUACCCAAUGACCAUGAGACUUUGCUUGGGGAUUAUUUUUUAAAUCAAUAUGCCCAAUAUCAUUUAGUCCACAUCAAUUUUGUUCAUUCAAAUUAAAUUACUAUAAUGCCAAAAAAAUAAAUAAAAUGCUGCAUCAGAUACAUCUGAAAAAUAGAGUUUUACAUUUGAAAAAUGUUUCAAAAAAUAUUAUGGAGGAAGCCAUUUGCUUAGUUUCAGACAGGUAUUAUUAUCUGAACUUAUUUGCUCAGAUAAAUAUUGGCUAUACUUAUCUGUUUAUUCUUAAUGGAUAGGGGCAUGAUUAUAGACGUCUGAAGGAAAAACGAGUCACAUAUUAUCUCUACGUUCUCUAUGAUAUUUAAAACACAAAUGAAAAAAACAAAUUCCAUUUGGGAUAAAGGGUGUUAAUGCUUAAAAAUACAUUAAACAGUUUCCAGAAACUAUUUAGAACUCUGGUGUCUUUCUCCUCCCCCUGUUUGGUUUAGAUGACUCACUUCCUUCUGUCUGACAUUCUCUCUUCUUGAGGAGGAUGUGUAGUACUACAGUAACACAGUGGUUUGACUGCAU